AUGACCACUCCCGAGGUCUCGCACGGCCGUGGCGGCGCCGGAAACAUCAACAAGGACGACACCAAGUACGUCGACGGCGAGGUCGUUCGAUCUGGCGUCGAGGGCAGCCACCAUGAUGGUGCCUAUAGCACCGGCCGAGGUGGUGAGUUUGCGAUCCCCUUCUCUAUGAAGCGCAAAUCGCACAUCAUGGUUCCCCUUGCCAUUUCACAUGCUCCUUUCAUCAUCAUCACAACAUCUGCUCGGCAACGGGGAAAAAGAUCCUUCAGCUACGAGAGCGCCACAAACUGCAGCGUCGACGGCCCCCGGGAAGGCAUUUUUAGCGAACACCCCCUGUCCAACCAAACUGAUGCUUGCCGGUUUGAGAGAGAGAGAGAGGGGAGCCAAAAAAAAAAAAAAAAGAAGCUUGAACUGACGAGAUGGGAAAUUACAGGCGCUGCCAACAUUGGCGACGUCGGCACCCGCUCCGCGACCCGCCUGGACAAGGACGUCGUCCCCGAGGCCGCAAUCCGGCCCUCGACCGACAACUCGGACUAUCACGUCGGCCGCGGCGGCGCUGGCAACGAGCAUCUGAGCAAGACCGCCGAGGUCAAGAAGGCCAACGGCGAGCACGCCAUCGUCGAUGCCCCCAUGAGCCUGGCCGAUAAGCUGAAGCGCAAGAUCUUUGGCGGCUUCGGCAAGAAGUGA